CAGAAGUUGUCAAAAUUAUGUGACAGACAGCCGAACCUUCUGUUCAUCAGAACAUGAAGUAUACCGAAGACAACAGAUUAAAAAAUUGUCUUUAACCGACACCUGACAUUGACAUUGAGUACAAAUAUCUAGCAAGGAGCAAAACUAUAAUACUUGUCUUAAUUUGGCCUUUAAAAGAAGAGGAAUAGACGAACAGAGAAUGAUGAAUACCUACAUACUAUUGAAACUGCACCUGUGGAUCACCUUAGUCGAAAGUCAAAUAGUCAACCAAACCAGUGUCGGAGAAAUGGAAAGUCUUACGGUCAGGUGCGACAUACAAAAGUUUAAGAAACAAGACUACCCAGAAUGCACUUAUGUCAAUUCGAUCGCAGUAGAAAGAAUGCCACCGGGUGAAGUGAGCUUUACAUACAUGGCCAAGUACUCGCCCUUCGCUGCUACGGAGGAACACAAGAAAAUCACAAAUAUACCGGCUGGGCGACAGUGGGAUAUUGUUUUCCUUGGUGACGACUCUGACGACAACAGAGACACAAUCGGGAUAGUCAUAGUUAUUAAAAACGGCAAUUACAGAGACGCGGGUCUGUACAGGUGCUACUACAUCGACCACCUGAACAGAAAAAAGUACACCGAUCCCUUCUUUUUGAGACCUAAAGCUCUGGGCAAAGUUGCGAACAAGGGCAGCAUCGUACCAGGCGACACUUUGACCGUGCAAUGUGACUGGGAAAAGUUUAACAGGAAAACUUCACCCAGAUGGAUUUAUAUCGAUAAUUUGGUGGCAGAAAGAAGAGUUACAGGGGACAAUGAUUUCAGACUGAUAGCUCGGUAUAAACCAUUUGUACCAGAGGGCCCAGACAAAAGAAUAACGAGCAUUCCAACAGGACGUCAGUGGGAGAUCAAUUUCGUCAGUGGCGACACCCAAAAUUGUAAAGAUUAUUCUAUUACGAUUUACAUCAAAGACGUUGCAGUGAGCGACGCCGGUCGCUAUAGAUGUACCUACUACGACUAUGAUACUAACGCUCUUAUCGAAAGCGACCCGUUCACUGUAUUACCUCCACAGGACAGCAGAAUAGUCGACAAAGAAAGUGUUGGUACUAACGAAGUGUUCACGGUCACUUGUGACAUUCAAAAGUUCGGGGAAAACGACUACCCGGAGAGCAACCAAGUCAAGGGAAUGACUACAGAGAGGAAACUGUCAGGGGCAGAUAGCUACGAGAUCAUGGCGAGAUUCGCGCCCUUUGAUACUACGGAAGAUAAGAAAAGAGAGAUCAAAACACCCCCUGGACGUCAGUGGAAUGUCCAGUUUUCUGGUUCUGAUACAAACACCAACAGAGAUACCAUUAAGUUAGUUAUAGUUGUGAAUGAUGGCAGCUAUACGGAUGUGGGUCUGUACAGAUGUUCCUAUUUAGCCGAAGAUUAUUCAAUCCACUACUCUGAUGCUGUGUACUUACGGGCUGGAGACACACUUGAAAGUCAAAUAGUCAACAAGAACAGCGUCGGGCAGAAUGAUAUGCUUACCGUGGUCUGUGAUGUGAAGAAGUUUAAACCAGAAGACUACCCCGACUAUCCCUAUCUUAACUCUCUGACCGCUGAAUGGAAGCCCGCGGGGCAAGACAGCUUCUCAGAAAUAGCCAAGUCAUUUCCUUUCAAUCACGAUGAGGCCAGCAAACACGUAAUGAAAAUACCACCAGGACGGAGCUGGGAAAUCGACUUCAUCGGUGAUGUCGCAGACAACAACAGAGAUAGUAUCAAAAUCGUCAUUGUCAUGAAGGACGCGACCUACUCAGACGCUGGAAUAUACAGAUGUAACUAUAUGGAUUACAUCCGCACGUAUUAUUCAUACAACCAAAGUCUUGUUGCUAAACCUAAACAGCCGCGAGUCAACAUGGACAUUGUCAGGCCUGGGGCGACCUUCGAGGUCCAGUGCGACAUUCUGAAGUUCAGUCAGAAGGGCAACUAUUUGGCAAUACAAAGAAAGCUGGCGGGGAGCUCCGAGUACGUACCAAUGGCGUUGUAUUGCCCCUAUAGCACAGACUCUGCGAUUAAAUCGUUCGUCCCGCCCGGACGUCAGUGGAAAGUUGACAUUAUAGAUGAAAGCGUCAUAGAUAUUCAACUAACAGUACAAGAUGGAGACUGCUAUGAUGCUGGCGAUUACAGAUGUAUGCAUUCAUCGGCAUUUGACGAGGACAGACUAAAUGUCUACUCUGAAUCUUUCAAUCUUAAAAGCGAAGAGACUUUCGUUCCAGACUCUAUUAAGAUAACGCUCCCAGACGGAAUGGAUCCAAGUUCUUUAGAGCUAGAAGAGAAUUACAUGAAUGUAACCUGUACCUAUCAUGGCCCGCCCAUACUAGAGACUGUGUGGUCUUUCCUCGAUCGUGGCCCACCACAAUUGCACAAUUACAAAGUUACAGUUUUGCCAGCAACGAAAAUACUUGACAAUAAAAACUGUCAGGUGACAUUACACAAAACUCAGAUGACCUACUACCCAAGUCCAGAGAGAGACGAAUGGACGUUUGUCUGUUCAGUUUACGACGACAACGACCAGCUUUUAAAGAGCGCCAACUUACCAGUGUUUGUAAAAAAAAAAGGAAUGUCGACUUCUAAACCUUUAGGAACAUCAAAUAUGCCAGUUUCACAAGGCGACUCAACGGAAAGGAAAUGGGUAUACACUGUUAGCCGGGAACCAGCUCUUGCAGCAGAUUGCAUGGAUAUGAAUAGACCAGAGUGCCAGAAAAACUGUACCAACUGCCAAGAGGGCUGCAACCUCGUCUACGGCAAUUGCACAAAAUGUAUGCCCGGUUACAUGUCUCCUUCGAAUGGCUGCUCGGAACAGUGUGAUUCAAUGUACUAUGGUCAAGACUGUCUUGGGGACUGCUUCAAGACAUGUGGUGGGGAGUGCGAGGAUCAUGUGACAGGAAAGUGCUCAAGUAAAACACUAUACUACAUCCUACUGCUGCUGCUUCUGUUUUUACUGACAUUAUUUUUGAUUUACUGUUUGUUAAGUGUUACAACGGGUUGCUUGCACUUAAAAGCAGAAUAUACGCAUUUCAAACAAAGCUUUUCCAUUUGUCCAGGCAAGCAAAAAAAGAAAACCGGCUGCUAUUACAAAAACUGCAAAAGAAGGCGAUCAUGUCUGAAGGACUGGUGAAAGUGUUUUCUAUGGGGGUACACUAGCAGUAUGCAAAUGUGCUUAACUAAGAGUAAACCUAUUUG